AUGAGUAGCAACAAUAACGGAGGUGGAGGUGGAGGUGGAGGUGGAGGUGGUGGUGGGCCUUGUGGUGCGUGCAAGUUUUUAAGGAGGAAGUGUGUGAAGGGAUGCAUAUUUGCACCGUAUUUUGACGCGGAGCAAGGCACGGCACACUUCGCCGCGGUGCACAAAGUGUUCGGUGCAAGCAAUGCUUCGAAGCUUCUGAUGAGGAUACCCGCGCAUAAGCGGCUCGAUGCGGUUCUCACGCUUUGUUAUGAGGCUCUGGCUAGGGUUCGAGACCCUGUUUAUGGUUGUGUUGGUCACAUCUUCACUCUCCAGCAACAGGUGGUGAGUUUGCAGGCAGAAUUCGCCUAUGUUCAGGCACGGCUCUCAACAUUGCAACGCCUCCCAUCACCAACACCGCAUCAUCAAACACCAUCACCACCAAGUCUUCAUUCAGUUACUUCUUCAGAGACAGCAGCAUCUACUACUUCGGACUUGAAUUCUAGCAUACCUAUGCAUUUUGAUCCUUCACCAGUACUACUACAGCACCAACUACCAUCCACACAACUAGCUGCACCAAGUUUUUGUAGCACAGUGCCAUUAAUGGAAGAUCAAGAACUCGUGGAUGGAGAUUUCCGAGCCUUGGCUCGUCAAUUCGUCUCUAGGUACUUGCCAGGAGUAAUGUUCAAGCCUUCUAGUUCGCACUAAUUUAGUUAGAUUAAUGCCUAACUUAACUAUUAAUUGUUGAUUUCUAUGAAUCCUUAAGAGUUCAUUUUGCAUUGCUCUGCUCAAGUCUAAUGGAACUGCACCCUUUCUCUCUGUUUCAGUCUAA